GUAGCGCUCAAGGUCAAGAGUGUACAGUAUAGAUGCAUGCACCUACUGCGCACGGAUGAACGUCAUGAAGAAUGACAUUUAAAAUUUGCUGUUAAAGAUCAAACGAUAACAGAACGCGUCUCACGGUUCCGUACGUGUGUGACAGUUGUGUUACAUGGAGUAUUGAACGAGGGAGAAAACGCAUCAUGAACAUGGACAACGUGGACCAGCAUUUGAUUCACCAGUUUAGUUGUCUAGGCACCACCGACAAGGACGAUCUGGUGAAACAGCUGCAGAAGUUGCUGGCUGGUAGCCAGCUAAAUGAAACUACUGCUGCAUUCUUUCUGGAUAUGAAUAAUUGGAAUCUCCAAGCAGCUAUAUGUAGUUAUUUUGACUUUGAAUCUCCAGUUCAAAAUAAAUUUCCUUGUAUGACACUGAUAUGUGAUAGCACUAUUGGUGAAGGAGAAUCAAUACCACCACUCACUAAUUUUCAAAAAUCUUGGCAUAUACAAAAUAGUGGUACAGAAACAUGGCCUGAAGGAGUUUGCUUACAAUAUAUUGGAGGAGUACAAAUGGGUGCAUGUACAAGGGUACCAGUUUCAUCUUUAGGUCCUGCAGAAAUAACAGUAAUAAGUGUGGAUCUUCAAAGUCCUCCAUAUUGUGGUACAUUUAAAAGUAAAUGGAGGAUGAUGGUAAAAUCUACAGAAACCUUUUUUGGAGAUGUUAUUUGGGUAACUAUUACAGUAAGUGAAAGUGGUACUCUGGCCAUUACUCAGCAAUUACAUCAAUUAAGUACUUCAUCAUCUAAUGAUACAAAGAUGUGCUAGCCCCUAAUGUCCAGAAACUUUCCUUAAUUAUUUUCUUUUUUUAAACGUCUUUGAUUAUUUUUAAUGAAGUAAAUUAAAAAUAACAUAUUUGUUUUAAAUGCUUUAAAAUACAUAGAAACGUUCUUAUUUUCCGCUAUAAUUACGCGAGAAAAUAUUUCCAAUAUUUACAUACAUGAUUUACAUACAAGAAAGUACUGGACUAAUAUAUUGUAUAGAUGGUACUUUUAUUAAAUUUUGAAAGUUGCUUAUAUAAGGCCUUUUAUCGUCCAUACUUGUCAGUUACAUUAAAAAUUUUUUUUAUUCAAUUGUUUCUGUAAUUCAAAGUGUGCUAAAAUUUAAUUGUUAAAAUUGUAACAGACAUGUAUGGACCACUUUUAAAACUGGUACUGAAAAAAAAUUGAUAUAAAUAAUUAAAAUAUAUAUAUAUAUAUAUAUAUAUAUAUACAUACAUACAUACACAUAUAUAUGUAUGUGUAUAUAUAUAUAUAUAUAUAUAUAUGUAUAUAAGUAUAAUUAAGAUACAAGUUUAUUAAAAAAGAAAAAAGAAAUAAAAUUUUUUAUUAGAAAAUAAAAUAUAUGAUUAAAAAAUAUAUAUAUUAUAAUAGUAUAUGAAUUAUAUAUUCAUUCACUGAUUAAAUGUCAGUUGAACAUGUAUUUUCUUAAUGAUGAAAUAAUACUUCUAGAUAAAAAGUUUAUAGAUAUAGAUUUGUAUCAGGACAUCAUUCAGUUUCUUUAUUCGUUUCGUUUAUUAAUUUCAUUUUUAAACGGCCAUUGGCAUAGAGAUUUUUGCAUGUGGGUCAUAUCCAAUCAGUUCAAAAUCAUUUGCUGUAAAAUCGUUUAUAUCUUCAACGUUUCUAAUGAUUUUUAAAUAUGGAAAUGGUUUUGGUACACGUUUGAUUUGUUCCUUAAGUGCGGAUAUAUGAUUAAGGUAUACAUGACAAUCGCCCAUUGUAUGUAUAAAUUCACCUGGCUAAAAAAAAAAAAAAAUACAAUUUUCUGUUAAAAAUUUUAUAAUUCUUUUCUUAUAAAUUUACCUUCAAGUUUGUAAUAUGUGCCAGUAUAUAAAUUAAUAAAGAAUAAGAUGCAAUAUUAAAUGGUACACCAAGACCCAUAUCCGCACUUCUUUGAUAAAGUUGGCAUGAUAAUUCUUCAUUGCUUACAUAAAAUUGAACGAAACAAUGACAAGGAGGUAAAGCCAUUUUUGGAAUAUCAAUUGGAUUCCAUGCUGUCAUUAUAAUUCUUCUAUCAUUGGGAGAAUAUCGUAUCUUAUCUAUAACUUCUUUUAAUUGAUCAAUACCUGUAUAAAUAAAUCUUUCAAUGUAUUUGUAGAUAAUUAAAUUUAUAUAAUUAAA